AUGUCCAAUCCAGCUACAGAUUCAUUCUUUUGUAUUCAUGAAAUAGUGAAUGACGAUCGUACUGCUCUUAAUAUAUCGACUAUAUCAGAAUUUCAUGAUGGAGAUGAAGCGUGGAUCUUGUCAUAUUCAGCUUUUCUUAUUACAAAGAUUGAACAAGGACAAGAAACAACAAAUAUUUGUUCGACAGAUCAAUGUUUAACACACAUGUUGGAUAGCAAUGAAUCAGAAGAAUAUUCAACUAAGUCGACUGCAUGUCCACUGGAAGCCUUUGGAGACAUCUAUUGCAUAACACGAACUAAACGUGCAACAAUCGAACAGAAAUCAUUAAACCAUGAUUUUGCCAUUUGUAUUUUGGCGUUUUGA